AUGCACGAGCAACUGUCUCCCAUGUCUCAGUGCCGCAACUCCAUAGAGGACAUAUGGGGACCGCGAGCACCAUACAAGGCUGAAUGGCCGACAAGAGUCGACUACGCAUGGGAUGAGGAGCCCGAAAAAUGGGUGCAGAGUGCCUGCGUUCUUUGCAGCAACGGGUGUGGAUUGGACAUCGGCGUCAAAGACGGACAAGUGGUGGGUGUGAGAGGGCGGGCCACAGAUCGAGUAAACAAGGGUCGUCUAGGACCCAAGGGGCUUCAUGGCAAAGAUCGUCUCACAAAACCCUUAGUUCGCAAGAACGGACGUCUUGAACAAGCCAGCUGGGAUGAGGCGAUGGAUCUCAUAGUGAGAAAGUCGAAGGGGCUUUCUACAACGCUCACGAACCACAGUAUAUCAUUCUACACCUCUGGUCAACUGUUUCUAGAAGAGUAUUAUGCUCUGGCUCUCAUCGGCAAAGCUGGGCUAAACACGCUGCACAUGGAUGGCAACACGCGGUUGUGCACAGCAACUGCUGCAGCCUCGAUGAGGGAAUCUUUCGGGUCAGACGGUCAGGCUGGAUCAUACACUGACAUUGAUUACACCGAUUGUAUUUUCAUGGUCGGUCACAACAUGGCUGCGACGCAAACUGUGCUGUGGUCUCGAAUACUUGAUCGUCUAGAAGGUCCUCAUCCGCCAAAAUUGAUAGUUGUCGACCCAAGGCGUUCCAAGGUCGCCAAAAAGGCAACACUGCAUCUGGCUCCGAAGAUUGGGACAAAUUUGGCAUUGCUCAACGGGAUCCAACAUGUCAUGUUUGAGAACAAGUGGGUAGAUGAUGGUUUUAUUGCCAAGCAUACAAUAGGCGUCUCUGAGUUGAAGGCAACCGUCAAGGAUUAUACCCCCGAGCACGUUGAGAAGCUGACGGGGGUGCCGGCGGCGGAUAUUGAGACGGCUGCAUCCAUCCUCGGUCAAACACAGAGUCUACUGUCGACCGCUCUGCAGGGUGUCUACCAGUCUAACCAGGCAACAGCCAGUGCUUGCCAAAUCAACAACAUCAACCUAAUCCGAGGUCUGAUCGGCAAGCCGGGGAGUGGCGUGCUACAGAUGAACGGUCAGCCAACAGCGCAAAACAACCGUGAGACUGGCUGCGACGGCGAGUACCCCGGCUUUAGAAAUCAUCAAAACCCACGGCAUAUGCAGGAGCUUGCAGACCUGUGGAACAUUGACGUUACCAAACUUCCACAUUGGUGCGAGCCGACGCAUAUCCAGAACAUGCUCAACUUCAUGGAGCAAGGAUCAAUACGGAUGUGUUGGAUCUCGGGCACGAACCCAUUGGUUAGCCUUCCGGACUUGCCUCGUAUCCGGCGUAUCUUUAGCUCUCCUGAGAUGUUUGUCGUCUGCCAGGAUAUUUUUAUGACGGAGACUGCGCAGCUUGCGGACGUGGUGCUGCCUGCGGCUCAAUGGGGUGAGAAAACAGGGUGCUUCACCAAUGUCGACCGCACCGUGCACAUAUCACACAAGGCUGUCGAUCCACCCGGAGAGGCUCGGUCUGACCUGGAGAUUUUUCUGGACUAUGCCCGCCGGAUGGGGUUCAAGGACAAGGACGGCAAUGAUUUGCUUCCCUACACUACGCCGGAGGAGGUAUUUGAGGCCUGGAAGCGCGUUUCCGCUGGGAGGCCUUGCGACUACACUGGAUUAUCCUAUGAAAAACUUACAGGGGGAUCUGGCAUCCAAUGGCCCUGCAACCAAGACUGGCCGAUGGGUAGAGAGAGGCUCUAUGAAGAUGGUCGAUUCUAUACGGAUCUGGACGAGUGCGAGUCGUUUGGACACGACCUCGAAACAGGCACCCCAUACACAGUAGAUCAGUACCGCGUCCUGAAUCCGGCAGGCCGGGCAAUUAUCAAGUCGUGCAGAUAUGUGCCUCAUCCUGAAGAACCAAACGACGAGUAUCCUCUACGCCUGGCAACGGGGCGGAACGUUUACCAGUUUCACACAAGAACAAAAACUGGGCGUGCUCCCGCACUGCGCAAGGCCUGCACUGAACCCGAAGUCCGGCUCUCUGAGGAGGAUGCGCUCCGUUUCAAUGUCAAGGAUGGUGACGUGGUCAUUGUACGGUCAAGACGCGGUGCUAUUGAAGUCAAGGCGCGAAUUGGGGAUAUAAUUCCCGGCCAGGCUUUUAUUCCCUUCCACUUUGGAUAUUGGGACUCUGAAGAUGGCAGGGCCAGAGCCGCCAACGACUUGACGAUCUCUUAUUGGGAUCCUAUAUCGAAGCAGCCAACUUUCAAGGCAGGCGCAGUCAGGAUUGAAAGUAUCCCUGCCGAUACAAAAGGCGCAUACAUCAAGGAGACACAGAGCGAGGCAGCAAAGAAUGCCAACAAGCGCAACUUUUCAGAUGCCGAUGCCGACGCUGCUUCUAUGAAGGCGGAUCUCGCCGGCAGACAACGCCACUUGGGGCUCUGGCUUGGAGAAUGUCAGGAGUGCAUUGUGCAGCUGGCCGAGAUAUACUCCCAGAUCAUACCCAGGCUGGUACACGAUGCCGAGGUUCAGGGUGGGCUGAAGGUCCUUGAAGGACUCGCCGAAAGCGCCCGUGUCGAGAUCCAGACCUUUGCCACCAAGUAUGGCGAGAACAAGCAAACGGGUCAAAGUCGUGCAAAAACCCUCCGCGAGGCGUUGUUCCCCAGAGAAGACGAGCCGCGCUCUCCGUAUCGGGUGCUGGAGACUUUGCAAGGCCUCAAUGUCUACCUGGGGCACAUUGAAGGCACUUUGCUUGCGCUGACGCCCACUUCUUCCGCAUUAUGGGACAAGGAUUUUCAGGCAGCGGUGAAAGGGGCAAAAUCAAAGGUAUCUCGGAUGAGACAGUGGGCAGAGAAUCAGAUAUUGGUUCGUAGUCCCCAGACACUACUCGUCCCGGCAAAGGCGCUUAGAGAUGAGCAUUUCAUAGGGAGGGUCGAGCAGCCGAGGUAG